AAGGGAGAAUUGUUUGAGAGCUCAGUCAUCCAAAAACGGCUUUUCAAUGUGAGAACUUAGGGAGCCGAAGAAAAUGUCGGUGCCACUGCAGUAAAUUACUAAAGCAGUAACGCUUUAGAGGGAAAAGACAGACAGAAAAUCGCCUUUUGGAAUUUUACUUCACAUGAAAAGUUGGAGAACACUCAAGUCGUAGAAGUUGCGGGCUCAGCACUACAUAUUGCACGUUUUAGGGGGUAGUGUAUGGAAGAUGUCCGGACCAUUAGAUUGGAUUCCCUGGGCCAGAAAGCGUCGGGUCCAAGCGCUCUGUGCUCUGGGCGCAGUUCUCCUCUGCUGCCACCAGGGCGGCGCCGACAGCAACAGCAACGAUGACGUGCCAGUCUUCACCGAGGAGCCCCGGUCUGUGGUGCAGAAGCUGGGGGGCACGGUGACGCUGCGCUGCAGCGCCCUGCCACCCCACGCCAACAUCAGCUGGCGCCUCGACGGGCGCGUGCUCUUCGACGACGACUACGCCGAGCUCGGCGUGCUCGCCCAGCCCGGCUCGCUGGUCAUCGCGUCGCUCAGCAACCAGACGCUCGGGCGCUACCAGUGUGUGGCGAGCACGGCGAUAGGAGCGCGCGCCAGCGUGCCCGCCAACGUCACCGCAGCAAAGCUACGUGACUUUGAGCAUGAUGACCAGCAGGAGAUUGAGGUGGACGAGGGCAACACGGCGGUCAUCGAGUGCCACCUGCCCGAGAGUCAGCCCAAAGCCCAGGUGCGCUACAGCGUCAAGCAGGAGUGGCUGGAGGUCUCCAAAGGGAACUACCUGAUCAUGCCAUCGGGGAAUCUGCAGAUAGCCAAUGCUACACAGGACGAUGAGGGACCGUACAAGUGUGCAGCCUACAACCCAGUCACCCAAGAGGUGAAAACCUCCACCUCGGCUGAUCGACUGCGCAUUCGCCGCUCCACCUCUGAGAAGGCGCGCAUCAUCUACCCGCCCGGCCCCACGCGCUCCAUCAUGGUGACCAAAGGCCAGCGGCUGGUGCUGGAGUGCGUGGCCAGUGGCAUCCCCACGCCCCAGGUCACCUGGGCCAAGGACGGACAGGACCUGCGCCACCACAACAACACGCGCUUCCUCCUCAGCAACCUGCUCAUCGACACGACGACCGAGAGCGACUCGGGCACCUACGUGUGCCACGCCGACAACGGCGUCGGCGAGGACAGCGCCGUCACGGUCAAGUACGAGGUGCAGGUGUUCGAGCCCCCUCAGGUGCUGGUGGAGCUGCAGCAGCCGGAGGCGGUGUGGGGCGACACGGUGAAAUUCGUGUGCCAGGUGCAGGGCAAGCCCGCGCCCAGCGUGGUGUGGCUGCACAACGCCCGCCCGCUCGCGCCGUCGCCGCGCCACCGCCUGGGCCAGCGCGCCCUCCGCGUCAUCACCGUGGGGCCGCAGGACGACGGCGUCUACCAGUGCCUCGCCGAGAACGGCGUGGGCAGCUCGCAGGCCGCCGCACGACUCCUCACCCUGCCAACCGGUUCUCCCUCUCGAGGCUCCAAACUGCCCCAGCUGCCGCCCCUGAGUCCAGAUAAGGUCCUGCGCGAGCAGCUGCCCCCUGUGAGGCCCCCCAGGCCGCCGCCGGUGGACUGCUCGGAGCUCCGGGGUCUGGUGACGCCCGCCGAGGCGCCCAUCAUCCUCAGCCAGCCGCGCACCGCCAAGGCCGACUUCUACGAGCUCACCUGGAAGCCGCGCCGUGACGGUGGCUCGCCCGUGAUCGAGUACAUCGUCAAAUACAGAAAGGCGGGCGACUCCCUGGGAGAGUGGACCACCCGCAGUAUCUCUGGCUCCAUGCACAAGCUGACCCUGCCCAGGCUGCAGCCGGCCAGCCUCUACGAGGUGGAGAUGUCCGCCAAGAACUGCGCCGGCGUUGGGCAGCCCGCCAUGAUGACCUUUAGAACGGGAAAAGUACGUAAACUGAAAGAUGAUGAUGAACGGACUCCCCGUGUGCCUUCUACACGCCUCUCCCCUCCGGAAGCCCCGGACCGGCCCACCGUCUCCACGGCCACCGAGACGUCGGCGUACGUGACGUGGAUCCCCCGCGGCAACAGGGGCUUCCCCAUCCAGUCGUUCCGGGUGGAGUACAAGCGGCUGCGCAAGGGCGGCGACAACGAGUGGGACGUGGCGGUGGAGAACAUCCCGCCCCAGCGCCUCUCCGUGGAGGUCACCAACCUGGAGAAAGGAACCUCCUACAAGUUCCGUGUUCUAGCGGUGAAUGUUCUAGGGGCGAGCCCCCCUAGUUCUCCUUCCAAGCCUUACACCGUGGUGGGCAGUGGCAAGCCCUCCAACCCACGCCCAGUGGAUGGGCCCUACAUCACGUACAACGAGGCCAUCAAUGAGACCACCAUUAUCCUCAAGUGGACGUACGCGCCAGUGAACAACACGCCCAUUUAUGGCUUCUACAUCUACUACCGGCCCACCGACAGCGACAACGACAGUGACUACAAGAGAGAUGUGGUGGAGGGCGACCGCUACUGGCAUUCCAUCACGGACCUGCAGCCAGAGACGGCCUACGACAUCAAGAUGCAGUGCUACAACGAGGGGGGAGAGAGCGAGUUUGGGAACGUGGUCAUCCUGGAGACGAAAGCUCGUCCUCACCAGCAAAGUCCUCCUCCCGAGACGGCCUCCCACAGACCGGAACAUGCCGGUGGUCCGGUGCCGCGCCCUGGUGACCUGCCCUACCUGAUCGUGGGCGUGGUGCUGCUGGGAGCCCUGGGCAUCGUCAUCGUGGCCUUUAUCCCCUUCUUCCUCUGGAGGGCGCUAACCAAACAGAAGCAAGCCACAGACCUGUGCUUUCCGACGGUGACGCCUCCCGUGUCCUCGUGCCAGUACACCAUGGUGCCUCUACAGGGCAUGGCACUGAUGGGGCACUGCCCUCUGGACCCCCACUUGGCUCCCGCUCAUACAAUCUACCCCAACGGAGAAUACAUCCCCAACGGCAAAGUGCCCACCCACACCUUACCAGGAAUGCACCAGGAGGAGGGUGAUUGCGAGAUGGAAUGUGACACGCUGCUUCCCCAGUCGUUACCCAAUGGACAUGCACCUGUUUAUCACUAUGCCAACGGUGGCCCUGUUCACCAUGAGGAGGAGGAGGAGGAUGAAUGCUGUGUGCCUGACGACUCCACUCUGGAGCUCCUCCAGCCCCCUCGGCCCCUGAGCUCCCAGCAGUCCCUGGAGCUGCAGCAGAGCCCCAGCGAGGCCACCACCCUGGAGGACGAGAUCCUGGCAGACCUGACAAGCUGUACUCUAUCAAUUCCAGUGGAGGAGACCAACACUACAAUGCCUUUUGAAGAUGAAUUAUUGCCGGACAUGAACACCAGGCACAGUCUACAACAGCCAGACGAAAAAGGGACACGGAACACAGCGGAUGGCUAAAACACUGUUAACACAAAACAUAAAGAGAAAAGAGUAUUUAUUUUUAUAUAAGAGAUGUAUUUAUAUAUUUAUAUGUUUGUAAAUAGGACUGCGAUUUUAUGAUGUAUAGGUGGAUUGUGUUUAUAUCAUAUAUGUGUGUUAUCACUCUUGGUCAACAAAGCCACCAGGACAAAGGGACUGACGGUAAUCAUGCCUGAUAAGUAAUCAUAUCUGCCUUAAAAACAAGAUGAAAUGUGCAAGCAUUGUAGCAUCUUAUCAUAACUAUUCCUCCAUGUUACAUGCUAUGUUAUCUAUGCUACAUGGAGUGGCCAGUUUGUGUUCUCAUUUUAGAAGCAGUUUUACAAAAGCUAUUGGCUGGUUUUUUUUAUUGCUGAUCUUAAACAACAUUCCACAGUUUUCUCUUAUACUUUGGGUUGUUGCAACAGUGCAGUCUCUGUUUUACAAAAUGGUGGCUUGUGCUGUUGGUGUUCUAGAGAUAUUAUUUUAUUUCUUACACAAUAUAAACAAACACGGAACAAAGGCUCUCUGUUUUUAGUUGAUCGGCAGGCAUGCAUUAUCAAGCUGUACCCAGUCUAUAUACACUUAGAUCUAUUAUGCUGGAUGAAGAGUUGGAAUGGUCACCUCUGUAAAUUGUGGAAUGUACAUUUGAUAAGCAGCUAAGAAAGAGGUCAUUCUGAAAAAAAAAACCUUGUACUGUGGUUCACAAGAGCACGUCUCCGUAUCCCUCAUCUUAAAUGCCAGCCUGUGUUUGAAGUUGUGAUAUCUCACAAAGGUCAAUUGUCCAGUGAAUGUAAAUGUACUCAUUUCAGCGGUCAGGGCAUUUUUAUCUGUUAACUCAAGUGCACUGGAAGUCUUACUGAAAUAGCUUCAGUUGUAAGAGGGUUGCUUGUCAAUAAUCUUGGCGGUGAUCUCCUGCUCUAGCAGUGAUGUCGAAAUCAUUUCCAGCUGAGCAUCACAAAGCUCCUUCGAUACGAUCCUGUUUAAAAAAGACUCAACCACGGAGUUACAGAGGAACUCCAGUUAUGAAUGUUCCCUCUGUGCAGUUGCAUCACGGCUGGCAUCAUGCUUAAUGCUACUGUGUGUUCUGGAGCUGUGCAUAGACAUUAAUACAACAUAUUAUGUAUUUUCACCAUUAACAAUCUAUUAACAAAUGUAUGCAAUGUACAAGCAUUCUGCCUUUUAGUAGUGUAGAGUAUGAAAAAAGAGAAUAUAUUGUAGCUAUUUAUUUAUUUUUCUUUAGCUGCCUGAAAUAUCACUGAAUGGGAAUCUGUCUGGAAACAAAACUUACCUACCUUUGAAUAAGCUCAUCUUAGGGAUGGAGGUCAAGUUCACCGUUCUGCUGGACACCACCGCAUUGUUUCACUAGAGACUGAUUUGUUUUUCGGACAACACAACUUGCGCAUCAGUAUUAGUCUUCUCUAAAGGCAGUGCCCAGAUGGCUUCUGACUGUGGAAUGAAAGCCGUCCUAAUCCGGGGGCCGAUCCGUUCUAGGGUCCACACUCUUUAUCGGAAGGGCAACUAGGCUUCAUAUGAAGGAGAGCCUGAAAACUAUAACCCAUUUUUUUUGUAGUGAACCAGUUGUUACACAGGCACUAUUGAGCACUAUUGCAUGUAAAUAAAGCUGAAGAAAAAACUCA